CGCAGCACUUUUCCAGCUGGAUCAGCAUCAGUUACCACGUAGCAGUAUUCGCUAGUCGAUUGGUGGUGAAAUUUGGAUACAUUUGCCCCGUACUAGUAGUUCUAGUUGAAGUUGGUGUUGCCCAUCGAUCCACUCCAGAAGACGAACGUGGUAUCGCAAUGAUACGCUUGCUAGCGUUAGCUCUGUGGGUGCAGAGUCUAUUGCAGAUUCUGCCGAUGGCUUUGGCAAAGCCUGACUUUGGCAUCAGCCUUUCAAUCACAAGCAGUGGAAAGGUGUCAAUUGCUGCGGAGGCAGCAAAAACCGUGCUAGAUGCAGUGGACGACAAUACACCGUACACCGCGGAAUCAAACUACAAAGGGUUGCAGGAACUGGCGGAUGUUAUGGUUGCUAUUGCGUCAGUAAUGGUUGAUGUGGGCGAUGAGCUGGUGCCAGUCGUUACGAGCCUGGUAACCGAUAUGUCUGGCGAUGUGUCUACCGUGUUCACGGCCGUCUUUACGAAGAUUGCAGACUUGAAAAGUGCGAUCAGUACUCAGCUUCCAACUGCAAUUGAUGAGGUGAAAAGAAUUUUCGACACUCACUACGACAGCGAAGGACUUGACUACAUACCCAACCAGCUCACCGAUGGUUUCAAUCGGAUCGUGCUAGGGGUGGAUGAUCUUAAGGCGAAACUGCUGGUCCUAAAGGACGGAAUCGAAGAUGCGAUAACUGAGGCUGGUGAUGUAACGGCACUGACGAAUCCGCUCGUGAAAAAGUACGUCAAACCAGCGGUCGUAUACAGUGUCGUAUUUGCCAUCAACCAGUUGAAGGCUUACCUACCGGUAGUGAAGUACACGAUUGAUAGUACCCUGGAGAACAUUAAUCUGGCCGACGAUUAUCUGUUAUUAGUGUCCGAAGCUAUGGGACAGUCUGGUACCACUACCACGGAGUCCAUCGAUUCCGUGCGAACCAUUACGGAUGCAAUAUCGGAAGAGGUUGAAUCUGGCCUUGACGAGUACACUAGCGAUUUCGACGACAUAAUGGCCGAAAUUGAAACAUUCACCAAUCUUCCCACUGCAUCGGAUAUAGACAGUCUAAACGAGGCGUUGGACAGCUAUAGUACGACGUUUGAGUCACUAGCCACAACACGUUAUCCAGCGAUGGAAUCUCAACUGCAGGAUCUCAUCGAUACGAUGUCAGAAGCACUCGCCGUUAGUUCCACCCCCGGAGAGGUAUCGUCCGAUCUGCUCGAUAGUCUGAUUCUAACUGUUAUUGAGAAUGGCAAAUAUGCACAGUUCUGCUUCAACAAGUACUUCGGACUAGUGUUUGGAUUCCUAACCUCGCUCGGGGACAGUGGAGGCUUAUGUUUCGACAAAGAGAUUCCACGCUUGGAGUUUCUGCGGGAUACCUUGCCGAUAGUUAAAGAGCAACUACUAUCGGAUUUCGAAAACCUCGUUUCAGAGAUAAGCGUCUGCGAUUCCUUAACAACACAAGCGAAACUUGACGAAUGCGUUCUAGCGAUUUCCGGGUUCUACACCGACCUUGCCACGCAGUUUGGACUCAAGGUGCAGUUCAUGUUCGAGUUGAUUGAAACAGAAGCAGCGGCAAGCACAAAUCGGUUCCUCAUCUGUAUUGAGCUGGUUAAGAUGAAUCUGAUAGAGAUCAACGAAACAACCCUAACUAAUGAUAUCCGAAGCUGCGCUAUGGAUGGUCCAACAGCGGAUGACUAGGACAACCAAUAUUGAGUAUCAACAGUACUUUAAAGAGAUAUUCGAAUCUGAAAAUAAAGUAUCACACCACUUAACCUUUCUCGAUUUUAGCAUCAUACAGCGGGAUAAGCUUGUAAAGUUCAGCAAUUUUAAAGUUUUUACUCUGUGACCUGAUGCCGCUUCAAUUUUCUGAGUCCAGUCCUCGAUUCGUAUAUUGUGAUGCUUUUGUUUAAUUGUCGCUUCUGCAGAAUCUGCAACAUCAUUCUUUAUUUCGUCUCUAUUCGAUAAAUCUAACCACACCCUAAACAACCUCCCUAAGAGGUCAGUAAGCACACCAGAACCAUAGUUGAUCGUGCAGAGCGUUUUCGAAAGACGAAAAACAAAGUGAAAGAAAGAUUUGCGCCACCGGCACAAAAAUAAACAAAUUCGUUAGUUCCUAGUAACCGAGAGCGAGAAAACAACAGUACUGGCUAAUUCGGUGCGGAACCCAGCAAGGAAAUUAAUCGCUCAUGCAGUACGGAAGGAGAAGACAACAUUUCCUAUCACUAUGCACGGUUACUUAAACUAUUAAAAAAUAAAAACAAGCAUUCAUGAAUUUUUGAUAACGAAGAAGUCACUUACUAAGCAUUAUAUUGGACUUUUUCCAUUCGAUUGCCAAAUGGUCAUAUUUAAUCAACAGUUGGUUUCAUCUUUAUUAUUCACAGUACCUUGGAAAGUGCACGUAUACUGCCGGUGUGUGCUCGAAUUUAUCGUCAAUUCAAACCGACGUGCGUACUCCCGAUGCAAUGAUAGUAACCUGGCGCGAGCGUUAAGCAAAGAUACACUCGAACGGACUGGUUGCCACCUCGGGUCGGUACUCUCGCUUAGCAAGAAACAGUUUAUAUGAUUUACAGAUUAUUAAUAGACAAUCAUUUGAAGCCGUCGUCACAAGCGAUCGCGAACCAGCGAAUGUCUAAGGGGGAUCCUCCGAAGCAUUUCGUUUCCCGCGGUGUGCUGCCCGAUUUGGAAAAAUGGUACGUAGCGAGUCUUUACGAAACAUCGCCCCGUCCGGUGCGCGUCCUCUUGCUGCCUCCCGAGUAGAUCAACUCAACCGGAAUAUCAACUCAAGUAGUACAGAAUCAGGGUCGCUAUAAAUACCCUCCCCCCCAAAAAGCAUUAGUGGGCAUCAAAACGAGACCGGCUCUUCCUGCGAUCGACCGCACUGACUGCACGGGAGGUUCGGAUUCCUCCUGGGAGGAUGCCAGCCGUCGUCGAUGCGUCGUCGUCUCGUAGCUACCAGCUACUGCUGAAGGUGGCGCAGUCGGGUAGCUAUUAUUAACGUUAUUAUGUUGAGAAAUGUUUAAAUUUAAAAUAUUAUUUUCACCCAAACGUACGUAAUCAGAUAUUGCCAUUUCCAAUCGAAACCGAGCAAACGGGAGGACACUAUUCGUUCAUGCCCGUGCACCGUUCUGUUGUGCCUACCAGCUAAUGAUCGUUACAUCCAGCGAAAUGGGGGGGGAGGGAAAUAAGAACAGCAACAACAUGCUGGAAGGAUGGUACAACGAGCGGAAUGGGAUUGGAAGUAGUUGCACCAUUUAGCACACAUCAGCAAAGUGGAAGUGAUCGGAACACGACCAUGGUGUGUGACACGGUGGAGACGCAACGUGAAAGAUGAGUUAAUUAAAUGGUGAAUUAUUUUGCGCUUUGCGGCAUCGACGCAGGACAGACGCUAGCCAAGAUUUGUGCGCACAUUACUAAAUUGCUUACCAUGCAUACACACUCACAUCAGUAUCGCGUUCAUUUCGCACGAUCGCUUGUGGUUGUACAGCAUUGCUGGGUGGGGAAAAGUGUAACGAGGCCAAAAAUUGCUACCAGUACCAGGGCAAUAAAUCACCCACUAGAGUGUGGUUCCAUUUUAAGGCACGAGCAAUUCAGGGGGAUGAUUUAGGCAACGUGGAAAGUUUAUUUUAAUGUUAAAGCAAACAAUUACAAAUCAUUUUAACAAAACAAAAAAUCCUCUCGAAGGGUAAUUUAAAUAUAUUUAAAUUGUUUUAUGUAUUUAUGCUAGUCCAAAAUACACACAAAUAUGAUACAUUUAUGUAUCUUCGUUUAUUUGUUUUAAUAUUUAUUAACUUAAGUUUUAAAACUUGUAAAAAUUAAAAAAAAGCUUGGUGCCGUGACCAGGAUACAUACACUGUUUGGUGAACUUCUGUGAUAUGUUUAAUUAUUAAUUGGCUUAUUUAGCUUUCAGAACUAAGGCAUAAGGAUGCAAUUUACUAGUUUGGCGUAGGAAGCAACAUUUUGCUACUAGCGAAAGAAGAACCUCUUGCCGUUCCAUGCCGUGGCGCCACGUGCAAUUGUCCAACUGUCCUAACUGACAGAUGAGCAAGCAAACUAACUGACAAGUAGCAGCGAUGGCGCAGAAACCAAUACGCCGCGAAUGUCGUAACUUAAUAAACGCCAUCGCGCUCCAAACACGGUUUGCUUGUUCGCACGGCUAUUCACAACUGUCAACUGUGGACACCGGGAGAAACUCGAUCAGAACUUCCACCACGAGAGUGUAAAGAUCCAGCGUAGCGACGAAGCAGUGUGGCAUGAUUUUAACUCGAUUUGACGUGACAUUGAUUAACGUGUCAGGAGCUGCAGGGGCUUGGUUAAGAUUGUAAGCCUAGCUGCUGAAGCACGGCACCCGGGAGGAUGUCAUCAAUCUGAGCUGGCUUCUGGUUCAUAAGUUGUUCGGUAAUUUAUUGUAUAAAGCUUAAAAAUUUUCACCAAUAACAAAAAAGGUUUAAAAAAUUCCAAUAGGUCAGCUAUUAAAACGCGUCAAAUCGCCAAUGGUUUGCAAUAAGAAAAUGCAUGACAAAAAAAACAAACCAACCGGUUUUUUUCCUACAUUAAUUCCCGUUGUAUAGAGACUGAAAUUGCUACACCGCAACUCCCUACCUCGUGUGGCUGUUGAACAAAUGUAUGAUCCAUCGGUCACGUGUCGCAGGCGAUGAUGGCCAUUUAACUUACAACCAUCGCACUUUGCCCAACAUCGCAGGCAGUGUGCUUCGGUGUAAACACGAUGAUUUUUAACUACCUUCCGAAAGAUAGGCUGCACACGAAACGGCACCACAAGUUGGUCAUGAUGAACCGUCUCAUUAGUGUCACUCAGUCGAUUCGACGAGCUAGAGAAGCUCUCAGUAAGCGAGAGAGGAAACAUACAUACACUGAGCGAAAGCAAAACAAUGCACUGAUGCACUCACACACACACAUACCCGCACAAUACAAACCGUUGUGCGACAGUGCAUGUGCAUCGGUGAUAAAUGAGCGAAAAACUGCAUUCAAAACUGCUUCAUCGAGAAAUAAAAAAAACACACACA